CUGAAUUCCACUCCGUGUCAUGGUCAGAAACUUGCAUGGCAACUCAACGAGUGUCAGACUUGGGCACCAGCCUAACACCUGGCUUCACCGAGCUCCUGACCAAUUGGGACCAAGUCCUGAAGUCCUUGGACCGGGUCAGCGCCUACACCGCGGAGAGGGCCAAUGAGGAGCCUUCCGCGCGGCUCAGCGGCCUCCGAACGGGGCGUCCACAGCUUUUCGGAGAAACUCCGGAUGGAUCGGAGUGGCAGAGUCUUCAGAAGCCAGGUGGAUAUCCCUCCAAAGUGAAGGAGCUACCAGAGCACCUCCAGGAGCCAGGAUUUACUGGCAUCGAACUCGGGAGCGUGAGACAGACAGGCCGUGGUGGAGUUGUGCUGGAAAGAUUCGAACGGCGAGUUGCUCAACAGGAGGCGCAAAAUCUGCUGCAGCUGAUCAUCCACUCCUGGAGGUGUGCCUCUAUGCAGGCUUCGGACGUGGUCGCAGGAGAGGCCAAGGACUUGAAGACAGAGAGGGAAAAGCUUCACAGGCUGCAAGAAGUGCGUCGAAGCCGAUGCACUGAUGCCCUCCAGUGCUGGCAGCAGGUGCAACGUCGUGACACCUUGAGAGCCACCUUCCAAGUUUGGCAAGAAGAAAUCCGACGGCAAGCAGAGGCAUUGCAGAAGGAGCGAAUCAGCCAAAGUACUCUGGAUGCUGCUCAAGCAUCAGAGGUUCAAUGCCAGCUUCGUCGCGAGCUUGAGAAGUCCCGCGCAGCGGAAGAGGCUGCAACAGCGCAGGCUUCAUCCACGAGAAUGGCCUUACACGUGGCCGAAGAGGAGCUUGCUCGGUUGAAAGCUGAGCUGGCGAGCAGCAACCAGCUGCUCCAAGUGAAGCAGGCACAGGUUGUGGGGCCCGUGGCGACCGCUACAGCGGAUCCAGUGAAGGAGUCACAGAGGUCCAGGCAACUGACAGAUCUCAGUAUCAAGUUGGCGCGAGCAGAAGCAGAGGUGUUUGAGGUUAAGUCGCAGGUGGAACCUUUGACAGCACAGCUGGGGAUGGCACGGGGGCAGUUGGAGGUGGCCUAUGGCCUGCUGAACAAGGAGAAAGGCACUACACGAGAUCGCGACUUGGCCGUCACACACUUGUGGCAAGUCUUGGAAAGACUGCAAGAAGUACCUCAUCCAGAAGAGAAGAACGAGAAGAAGUUCGGUCUCAGCGAUUCGCCGAGUGCGAUGAGUACACCCAACAUCCAGUCGUCUUUGAGUCUCCCGAGUUUGUCUUCUGCAUCCUCUCCCAGUGUGCGCAGUCGUAGUAAACCCACCAGUGGAGGACCGGAGCCUUCACGGGAACGGACAGUCCAGCGGUGGACUGCUCCAUGGUCAUAGGCGCUGAUCCACGGGAUUCCAAUGGUUUCACAGCUCCAAUGCAAAGCAUUGUUGAACCCCUGGAGUCGGGAAAAAGGUGAACGAUCAAUGUAUGAUUGG